AUGGAUUUGUAUUCGACAUCGACCACAAGACAUGUGUCGUGGGUGAGUGCUGGUGUGUGGGCGAGUGCUGGUGUGUGGGUGAGUGCUGGUGUGUGGGCGAGUGCUGGUGUGUGGGUGAGUGCUGGUGUGUGGGCGAGUGCUGGUGUGUGGGCGAGUGCUGGUGUGUGGGCGAGUGCUGGUGUGUGGGUGAGUGCUGGUGUGUGGGUGAGUGCUGGUGUGUGGGUGAGUGCUGGUGUGUGGGUGAGUGCUGGUGUGUGGGCGAGUGCUGGUGUGUGGGCGAGUGCUGGUGUGUGGGUGAGUGCUGGUGUGUGGGUGAGUGCUGGUGUGUGGGUGAGUGCUGGUGUGUGGGGAAGUGCUGGUGUGUGGGUGAGUGCUGGUGUGUGGGUGAGUGCUGGAGUGUGGUUGGUGCGGACGACUGUGGCAGUGCAGGCAAGUGGCAACACCUUCGCGGGCGAGAGGGACGCCACCUUCGCCACGCAGGUGCCGGCAGAGCAGGCCAGUGGCAGCAGUGCGUGCGGCAACCUGUACACGGUGCUCAAAGGCGACACCAACAUCACCGUCGUGUGGAAUACCAAGCGCAACGCGCCUGGCAGCCUCGCGCUUGGCAACGCCAUGUGCAAGAGCCUGUCGUUCUACGCUGACGGGGACUGCAAGGAGAAGCUGGACUUUACAAUCACACGUCCCACAAAGAAGGGCAGUUCCUACCCUGUCACAAAGAGGACUGUCAAGGAAAUCGCUUCGCUUCUAUCAGUUGGCUGCGAGAUCAGUAAGUGCUAG